AUGGCUUUAAUAGCGAUCUUAAAGAAUGCUUUCCGCAAACCCAUUAAGACGACAAAACUGUCAGACGAUAUUCGCGAGCCUGUGACUGAUGUCAACCUUGUGAUUAACCCUGGGUCUCUCGUGGUCGUGACGGGCGUCAACGGAUAUGUUGCGAGUCACAUCGCAGACCAACUUUUGCAGCGAGGCUAUCUUGUCCGUGGUACCGUGCGUAAUGUUCCCAGGGAUCAAUGGCUCAAGGAUUAUUUCGAUGAAAAGUAUGGCAAAGAAAGAUUCGAGUUGAUCGAAGUACCUGAUAUGGCGGUGGCUGGUGCGUUUGAUAAAGCUGCCAAAGGAGCAUCUGGUUUUGUACAUACGGCAGCGCCAAUCAUGUCCAAUCCCGACCCACACGCUACGAUCUCCACCGUUGUGCAGAGCACAAUUGGAUGCCUAGAAUCAGCAGCAAGAGAGUCGUCAAUGAAAAGAGUGGUCCUGACCUCUUCUUCAGGGGCAUGUAUUACCCCUAGACCGCUGAGCUCGGACGUCAUCAUAGAUGCCAAUACCUGGAAUGAGGCAUCUAUCCAAGAAGUUAAUGCCAUGGUGCCGCCAUACGAAGGCAAAGACAGUUGCCAGGCUGCCUAUUAUGCGAGUAAGACAAAGGGCGAGCAGGCAGCGUGGCAAUGGGUCAAAGAACAUAACCCGUCUUUCACACUGAAUUCGGUCCUGCCUAACGCUAAUUUCGGCCGGCCCCUAGAUGCGGCCCGUCAAGGCUCCCGCAGUACGAUCAAUUGGGUCAAGGUUGCGCUAGAGGAUAGCGAUUCCCUAGAGGAAAAGGUGCCGGGGAUGGUGCCGCAGUUUCAUGUCGAUGUCCGCGAUGAUGCCGCAUUACACAUCGUCGCAUUGAUAUUUCCCGACGUUAGAGGGGAACGUCUUCUUGCUUCCGCAAAUCGUUUUAAUUGGAAUGAUAUUUUGGGAAUAUUAAGGAAGCUGUACCCGGACCGUUAUAUUCUCGCGAAGGCACCUCAUGAUGGAAGAGAUGAAAGCAAGGUAGCGAACGAGAGGGCGGAAGAACUUCUCAAGAGAUUGACUGGAAACGGGUGGAUUAGCCUAGAAGAGAGCCUCAAAGACUCUGUCGAGGGAUUAGGUCUUGCUUAG